CGAUCCUCAACGACGGUGGUGAGUUGACUUCCUGAUUCUCUUCUGUUAAUCCCUUCUUCUUCUUCCAGUUCCAUGAUCGAAGGAGUUUGCUUAUGUUUGCUGCUGCUUGUGUCUUUUCAGAUACUUGCAGCAUUGCGGCCUGCACCGUGUGUAUCGUGGGCCAACACAGGCUUGCAUUCGAGCGAAAGUAUAAGCACGGCUCAUUCACAUUCGAAGCGAAGCAUCCGGAUAGGCUGAAGAAUAUAUGUCAGAAGAGAGGUGUCUGGAGCAAGGAGAAGGGCUCCUGGGUCUCUGAUGUGCUAAAUGUAAUCAUCUCUACUGGGGGAGUUCCGACGAAGAAAGUACCAAAUGAUAUUAUGCUUCCUCUCGGUUCUUAUGUCCGGUAUCGUCAGGACGGCCACCUGCGGGCAAUUCGCAUCGCGUCAUUAAUCUACAAUGAAGGUCCAGUGAUUGGGACACUAGUCGUGGAUAGCGCCAUGUACAUCAGUUACCUGCAGGACAGCAGCUUUGUCUACCAGGGCGUCACUGAUCCUGAAACAGCCGAAGCCCAUGCAGUUGUCUGUUUCGCCUACAGGGUUGUCAACAGCCAGCUGCAAAUUCGCAUCAUGGAUAAUCAGACAGAGGAUGGCCCCCUAAUAUGGGUCAUGUUCGGCGCUUUUGAUCGCUUCUUUUUGCCCAAGGUCGAAGCAAUUAACCCAAGACUGCUCAGGAGAAAGAAGAGGUGGCGGAAAGGAGAUCAAUUUGAGCCGCUUGAGUACAUCCUCAGCAAACUGCUGUUUUUUCUGUGA